GCUGACCCUUUCAAGGGGGUUGGAUUGCAAAAAGCUGUGUGUACUUGCCUCCCCUUUUAUAGUUUGCCGACGGUUUAUUACUUUAGUACAGAAAAGAAGAACACAGAGACACCCAACUUUUCAAACUCCCCCCAGAGCUCACUCUUUAUAUUCCGCAAGAUCCUACACUCCAUCAUCGUCAGCACCAGUCCGAUCGUGACUUAGAUUUUCUCUCCCUGUCUGCGUCUGGACAAAGAAAGAAAGAAAGAAACAAGACAGAAGGAGAUGAAGAUGGUUCAGUCCAAGAAGUUCCGGGGCGUGAGACAGCGUCACUGGGGCUCUUGGGUUUCCGAAAUUCGCCAUCCUUUGUUGAAGAGAAGGGUGUGGCUGGGGACGUUCGAGACAGCCGAGGAGGCGGCACGAGCCUACGACCAGGCCGCCAUCCUGAUGAGCGGCCGCAACGCGAAGACCAACUUCCCAAUAUCUCAAACCCCGAACGGCGACCCGAAAACGGGCGAUGGCGGCAACAGCAACGCUGCCGCCGCCAAUUCCUUGUCUUCCUCGAAGCACUUGGCGGAGAUCCUCCAUGCGAAGCUCAGGAAAUGCAGCAAGACGCCGUCGCCGUCCCUCACCUGCCUGAGGCUCGACACCGAGAACUCCCACAUCGGCGUCUGGCAGAAGCGCGCCGGCCAGCGCUCCGACUCCAACUGGGUCAUGACCGUACAGCUCGGCAAAAAAAAUGCCGAUGCCAUUGGAGAGUCUGGAGACCCUCUGCCACUUCCUCAUCCUCCUUCCACUUCUUCUUCGUCGUUGCCGUCGUCGUCGUUACCGCCGCCGCCGCCGCCGCCGCCUUCGGAGUCGAUGGUGAGAGGGGGCUUGGACGAAGAAGAGAGGAUUGCCUUGCAAAUGAUUGAAGAGCUCUUGAACAGGAACUGCCCUGACCCUCCAUUUGGAAACCCAGCGGAGGAGGAGGAUAGUUUUUAUCUCUAGUCCUUUAAAAAUGCUGAAAAUUUCGUGGGAACGUCGUUACUGGUCCAGCCAGCUGAAUGUCCGAGACGUGGGUGUAUAACUUUGCCGAGAUUUGACGAAAGCUCUCCUCUCCCAAUUUAGGCGUAAAUCUAAAUCUGGGAGCUUUUCACUUUUGAUCUAAAUAUAGAUCUGGAGUUUCUUAGAGACAUUUGAUA